AUGGAUUCAAACUUUAUUCUUGAUGAAAUUCUGUCACAGAGUAUUACAAAUGAUUCUCAACAAAAUGAAAAUUGUGUAGCAAAUAAAAUAUAUGAAGAACGAUGUAAAAAAGAUUCCGUUGAAAAUAGUGAUGUUAUAGAAAAACAAUUAAAAAUACUAGAAGAUACUGAUGAAUUUCUUAAAAAAUAUAUAUUUGGUUCGGGAUUAUUUGAUGAAUUUGUUGAAAAACAUAUUUCAACUGUUUCUAAUUUGGAUGCUUACCGUUUUAGGCAAACUGAGACAAAAUGGAAAGUAAAACAACUAAUUAAAGAAAAACUUCAAAAUAGUAAACAUCCUAUUAGCAAAGAAGAAAUGAAAAAAGAGAUAGCUGAAUAUUAUUUAAAAAAUAGUGUUUGGAAUACGAAGAUAAAUAUAGCUUUUGAAAAUUAUCGUAACUCAGAUGAUGUUAAAAAAGAGAUAAUGGAAAUGAUGGUUGAUCAAAAAAUUAAACUUGUACCGGAGGGAGAAGAAUUCCGUCCUAUUAUUACUGCAUUGGAAAAAGAAAAAAUUAUAGGAAAUGUUUUAGGUGGUGGUGUAUCAAGAAAAUCAAGAUUUUCUUCGACUAUACCAGAAAAAAAUCAGAAUCUUUCUAAACCAUCUGUAAUUGAUAUAACUACUAUUAAACAUGUUUAUGCACAAAUGAAAGAGGAAAUGAAACCAAAAGUACUUCCUCCAGUUAACUUGACAAAUUCUUAUCAUUCAUAUGUUGUAAAUUAUUAUAAUACUCCCCCAAUUUUUAAUCCCAAUAUACCACCACCCAUAAUUGUAGAUAAUGUUUAUACUGUUUCUUCAAAUGUAGUAUUGGAAACAGUAAAUAAUAGUAUUUCAUCGAAACCCGCAUCGAUGACUUGUUCUCAGGAGUCGUCACAAAAUUUGGGACCAGUUGAUAUUAGUGAUUCUGAUUCUGAUAUGUCUAUGGAUUCACCUGACAAAGAUUUAAAAGAUAAUGAAUUUAACAUUAUAACACCACCGCCACCCCCGCCACGUUUAUUUGAAGGUGCCGUUGAUGUUUCACCACCACUUCCUCCAAAUUUAUGA